AUGCCGGCUGACUUAGCUUGGGAUGACGGAGGAGAGUAUGCUCGUGCAGCGGAGGCUGCAGGUGUGGACGUGGGUGGCAUGCUGGAGGCCGGGGUUGAUGCAAAGCACCUCUUGGAAUUUGUCUCCAACUAUCGCAAGGAAGAAGGCGACAAGCUUGGCCUGUUGGACGAGCAGAAUCUAAAGUUUGCCACCAGCCAAGUGCUCCGCAAGGGGCCGAGGGCAGGCAACCAACGUCCACGACGGCCGCCUACUACUGCUACCGGAACUUCGUCUGCUUGGGGGUUUGGUACUCAAGGGGAAACGGACGAGGCGUCAAGGCGUGCAGUCGACUGCCAGUCUAGAAGGACUCGGAAAAGAACAUCCCCGAACCCGGAAGUACGCCAAUCGGCGAGGGUUGGCAUUGGGAAUGGGAAUACGCACCGGACGGGCGGGCGCCCGAGCGCUCCUGUAGCGUUUGGAGAGGACGAUGGGGUGGAAACGGCGAGACUUCGCAGUGAGCUUUUACGCUGGAGUUCUGCCUUAGAGGGUGCUGAGAAGCAGCUGGGGGGUAAUGGCGGGCCCGCUGGGAUGGAGAGUUGGACGGGCGGUGGUAUUGCACGUGCACGACAUGUGGCGAAGGCUGCGCCUGCCGAGGACGCAAAAGAAGAGGGCUCUGAGCAGAGCACACCAUCGAGACAAGUCGACGACGAUGAAAGCUUUGACAGCGAUCAAGAGGACGCAACGCAUCACGAUAGGCCUGCCUCGACGCGCGUAGAAGAGCGUCGGAACGAUAGGAGUGACACGAGACGGUCGCGUCGGCAGCGGGAUGAGGGCGAGGGCGAAGUCAGUGGUGACCGAGAUCGGCAUCGGAGCCACAGUCCCGAAGUCGUAGAUGACGUGGUCGAGGUCUGGGAGGAGAGCGAGGGAGAGCCUGCAUGUUCUUCCUCGCGGCGUCCCGGGGGGCGGGUGCGGGGCAGUAUUUCGACUUACGGGCAUGCCCGACCUACCCCGUCUUACGCUCUGCCGACCAAGCACUUCAAGACACCCGACAGGGAUCGGAGGCACGCAGUGUAUGCAGAGGAUGCUCGCGGGCAGAAGCAGAUGCAGCGACAGGCCCACUUGGAAGAGGAAAAUGCUGCCCUUAAGUUACGCUUAGAAGGGCUGAGGAGGGCUAUCCACGAGCUGGAACACCAGGCCAACACGCUGCGGGACGACGCGAGAAUACGCGAAGAAGAGUUUUCGCGGCUCAAGAAGAAACUCGCUGCCACUCCUUCGUCAGUGGCCGGAGGAAAGUGCUCUUGCUGUGCCAGCACUCACCAUGGACGCCAGAAGGCCGCUGGAGAAAACGGGCCAAGCGCCCUCAAGAAACGGGCCCUUGCUGCGGAGGGGCGGACCGAAACUCUGGAGAGGUGCCUCAGGGAAAGCAAGGCGAAAGAACAGAGGAGCAGGGAGAUCGUGGCAUCUCUCAAGCACAGCUACAGUGCUGCGCAGGCAAAAGCAGUCAGCCUAGAAGCUGAGUUAGAAUCGACAAGGAACUCUCUUUCGGAGGCGAGGCAAGAGAUCGUGGAGAGCCGGAGGGGUGCCAAGGGGCGCCUGAAGGAAACCCGAAAGCAACGUCGCCAGCAAGGGGAGAAAGAGAGAGAGGCAGAAACCGCUCGAGCGCAGGCGGCAGAUCUAGCGGGCAAGCUCAGGAAGGCGUCGCGAGAGAUCGAGAGGGCUCGGCUCGAGGCCGUAAAAUUGCGGGAGGAGAAAGCCCGGGUGGAAGGCGAGUCGCAAGAUCUGGCCCGUGAAAAUCGCAUGCUGCAAGAUCGUCUCAGCGACGGCAAGCUCCGGAGCAGGACACGCGAACGUGACCGCUGGAUCCUGGCAGAGCUUCGGUCUCAUUCUCAAUCAAGGUCUCCGAGCCGCCGACGAGCCGAAGGACAAGACUCCCGCCGCGACCCACCGCCGACCGCAUCACGCCCUGCUGCUCGGCAGCGCUCCUUGACGAGAGAAGACUUCCGGGCGCGGAACGACGGCGUGCGCCGAAGACAUCUGGGGGUACAAGACGCUUCGUUCGACUCCGCGUCGGAUUCCGAACCAUCCGUGCGUUGCCGUUCUCUUUCACCUCCCCCCAACCCCGGGUUGGGCGAAGGGCGCGCGGAGGGCGCAGGGGGGCGGUGGCUACCACCGAGAGAUAGCCGUCGCGUCCCCUGUGUACAGGGCCGGGUUGGUGGGUCUCCCGGUGGCUGGGGCGGGACGGGGCGGGGGCUGUCGACAAGAUCAGCUGACGGCGCGGAGGGCCCGCCGGGUGACGCGGCGGUUUUGCGGGGUAGUAGUACCCUAUCGGGAGGUAGCGCCAACGGUACCAUGAAAGCGAGGUACGAGCGGUUACAGGCCAUGUACAGGAGAGUCAACCGAAGAGAAGCUGGCGCUAGAGGAAGAUCGGGUGUGGCAUGA